AGCUGUAAACCGCACGGUCGGGGGUUAAUAGGGAUGGGCUGGCAUCUCCCCGAGUGGGAGAAGUGGGUACGGCUCCUGCCAGCGUGACCCGGCCUGGGAAUGCAGCGAAAGUGGACGGUUAUGCAUCUGGUAGAAGCAAAUGGCUGUUGGGAUGAGGUGCUGUUUUUGGGCUCAUGCCAUCAUAUCUACCAGGCCCGGGGCCAGGCCUUCAGUGGGGCCAAAUCCCUCCUUCUCCCCUCUCCCCUAUGGAUGGGACUUUUAAUGAAACAAGCCUGAGGCCUUCUAAACCUGCAGGAAGCCAGUACCAGCCCUACAUUGGCCUGGCUCUGGCAGUCAGUUCCAACAUCUUCAUUGGAUCCAGCUUCAUCCUGAAGAAGAAGGGCCUCCUGAAGCUGGCCACCAAAGGAGUUCCCCGUGCUGGGCAUGGUGGGUAUUCCUACUUGAAAGAAUGGCUUUGGUGGGCUGGACUGCUUUCAAUGGGAUUGGGAGAAGCUGCAAACUCUGCUGCUUAUGCCUUUGCACCAGCAACCUUAGUUACCCCUUUGGGUGCACUGAGUGUUCUCAUAAGUGCUAUAUUGUCAUCCUACUUUCUGAAGGAGAAGCUGAAUAUUCACGGCAAGUUGGGCUGUGUUCUGAGUGCUUUGGGUUCUACAGUCAUGGUUAUUCAUGCCCCAGAGGAGGAGGAGAUCACCUCAUUGGAUGAGAUGGAAAUAAAACUGCAAGAUCCAGCGUUUGUUGCAUUUGCUGUUCUCCUAAUAUCUGUUGUCCUCGUGUUGAUUUUCAUUGCGGCUCCACGGAGAGGUCAAACUAAUAUACUGAUCUACGUUUUAAUUUGUUCACUUAUUGGUGCCUUCUCUGUGUCAUCUGUCAAAGGCCUGGGCAUUGCCAUUAAAGAAAUGCUGGAGUGGAAGCCAGUUUAUCGACAUCCCCUGGUUUAUGUUUUGGUGGGAAUCCUAUUGCUCUCAGUCAGCACCCAGAUCAAUUAUCUCAACAAAGCACUGGACACAUUUAACACAUCUCUAGUGACACCUAUUUAUUACGUGUGUUUCACCACCACAGUGGUGACAUGUUCCAUCAUCCUGUUCAAGGAAUGGAGUAGUAUGGACCUGGAUGACAUCCUUGGGACCCUCAGUGGAUUCUCCAGUAUUAUAAUUGGAAUUUUUCUAUUACAUGCUUUCAAAAACAUAGAUAUCACCUGGAGCCAGUUGAUGUCCAGUGUUACAAAAGAAUCAUCAUUGCCACAUUGUGAGUAUGAAACCUCUCACACUUUACUGGAAAGCAUGGAAGACCCAGCUGUGUUAUAUGGGGAAGACAAUGUUUUAUUCAGCCAAUGAAACUCUCAAGUGACAGCUUCUCAUUCCACUGUCAUGAACUGCAGACUUACCUGUAUCUACCAGACCGCUCUUCGUCACUGCUAUCCUCUGGAAAACUGCCUGUAAAGGCACACUCCUCUGUGUGCCAGAUGUUGGUAAUAAUGAAUUAAAAUGUUCAAUAAUUGACAUGAGGGACAGAAACCUGGUGGUUAUAAUAUGUCAAGAAGUGAACAAGUUUGUCUAUUUUUUAUGCAACAUCUCCUAUUGGAGAAUUUUAGCAAGAAAGGAUUUUUUCCCACAUCUUGGGCUGUUCAGGGUGAUGCUUGCCAGAGAUUUAGCAAGAGAGCUGGAUUAUUAAAAAUGACUUCUGAUCAGCUGAGAUAUAUAUGCCAAGCAGAAUCUCUUCAUAAAGCAGGCUGUGUAAUGUGCAAGCAGUGGAGUAAAUGUUGACACUUUAGGUUCCAUUGUUCUGUGAACAGAAAGCUCACAAUUCUUCUGUAGAAACAAAAUGGUUGCUACAGCUUGCAGCAUGCUUGCACACGUGCUUGUGUUGUGCCAAGUUUAAUCCCGAUGCCAAAGCCAUGCACCUCCUUUCUGAAAGGUGUUCAUGAAACUUCUUACUUGUUAAUGACUUUUAUUUUAGUGAGGAUUUAGAAGCUAUGAAAACCUGAGAAGUGGCUCUAGGGAUACUUGAAGUUAUUUCUAAACUGCAAGCAUCUUUUUUUUCCACUUGAAUAGGUUUGUAAUUGACAUACGUACAGGAGGAAGUAGUAAUUGUACCAAUCACCUAGACAUUAUUUCUAAAUCCUUGAUUAGAUGAAGCAGGAAUUCUGUAUUUCCUACUGGACCUGCUUAUCUACUUUUAUGUGUAAAUAACAUCUACUAGGAAAACAAUGUUAUUUUCUUGCAAUAUCAGAAAAUCAAAGUUGAUGCUUAUUUCCAUGGUGUACAAGAACUCAAAAAUGUU